UCUAUUCGAUAUAGUUACAGGAUGGCAAGGACGAAGCAGACCGCUCGAAAGUCCACCGGCGGCAAAGCUCCCAGGAAGCAGCUGGCCACUAAGGCUGCCCGCAAAAGUGCUCCGGCCACUGGCGGUGUUAAGAAGCCUCAUCGCUACAGGCCCGGUACCGUUGCCCUCCGCGAGAUCCGUCGCUACCAGAAGUCCACCGAGCUGUUGAUCCGCAAGUUGCCCUUCCAGCGGUUGGUCAGGGAGAUUGCUCAGGACUUCAAGACAGACCUACGCUUUCAGAGCUCGGCUGUCAUGGCGCUUCAAGAGUCCAGUGAGGCUUACCUUGUCGGCCUGUUCGAGGACACCAAUCUGUGCGCCAUCCACGCGAAAAGGGUCACCAUCAUGCCCAAAGACAUCCAGCUGGCUCGUCGCAUCCGUGGAGAGAGGGCUUAA